AUGGCCUUGCUCCUACCAUCAAUGGAAGUGGCUUUACUAUUGCUCACCUAUAUAAGACUAUGGAAACCGUUGCUCUUACCACCAAGACAAUCACAACUUUCAGACACACAAAACUUUGAUUCUCACAAAUAUUUGUCAGAGACGGCAAUGAAGUUGAUGAAGGUUCCAUCCCUCAAGAGAAUGAUCUCUUCACCAAGAGCUGAUACACAAUCUGAUUUCAAUGCAUGCAGUGCAUCAUCUGUUUCUGAGAAGGGUCAUUUUAAUGUAUACACUACCGAGGGGAAGCGUUUCAUAGUUCCCUUGGCGUACCUAUACAAUAAGAUUUUCAAAGAGCUUUUGAGGAUAUCAGAAGAGGAAUUCGGUUUGCCAUGUGAUGGCCCCAUCACAUUGCCUUGUGAUGCAGCAUCCAUGGAGUAUGUGUUGUCCUUGCUAAGAAGAGGAGUAUCUAAGGAGAUAGAGAUGCAGUUGCUUAGCUCCAUUUUCAUAUAUUGCCAAUCAACAUGCUCUAUGCUUGCUGUUGAGAACCCUCAACAAAUUGCAGUUCAACCAUCUUAA